AUGACCGGCGUUAAACCUGAGGUUAUUCAGAAGCAGCAUAGGGAUGAGUCCAGUAGGCUCGAUGUCAUCAUUGUUGGCGCCGGCUUAGGUGGUCUUGGGGCUGCUAUAUCAAUUCUCCUCGCCGGUCACAACGUUCACAUCCUCGAAUCUACCCCCGAGAUAGGCGAAAUUGGCGCUGGGAUCCAAUGUUUACCCAACUCCUCGCGCGUCCUCAUAUCUUGGGGUCUAGAAGAAUACCUCUCGAAACAUGCUACUUCGCCACGGCUGUGCAACAUGAUCGGCUGGAAGGGCAACAAGAUAAGCGAUAUGGAUUUCCAUGAAUAUGAAAAGGAGUGUGGUACACCCUUCUGGGAUUUCCAUAGAGCAAAUCUGCACAUGGGGCUACUGGAGCGGGCUGUGGAGCUUGGUGCUAAGCUCACUACAAAAGCGCGAGUGGUAGACAUCGAGUAUGAAGAUGAUGUUGGCGGCAACGCUACGAGUGCCAUCGCCAUUUGCCAGGACAGGACACGAUACAAGGCCGACUUGAUAGUCGGUGCCGAUGGCAUCAACUCCAAGUGUAGGGAGAUAUUACUAGGCCAUGAAGACCCACCCCUGCUCACUGGCGAUCUGGCUUACCGAUUGUUACUCAAUACAGAAGAUAUGUUGAAGGACCCUGACCUCAGGGGCUUCGUAGAAGACCCGCAGGUCAACUACUGGAUAGGUCCAGAUGCACACGCUGUCAACUACGUCCUCCGUGGUGGCAAGCUGUUCAACAUGGUGCUAUUAGUACCAGACGAUAUGCCUGCUGGCGCAAAUACAUUGGCUGGAAAUGUUGAAGAAAUGCGUGCUCUGUACAAAGACUGGGAUCCGCGGAUCCCAAAGUUGCUGGCACUUUGCCAGUCGGUAGCCAAGUGGCGUUUGAUGAUCCGACCAGGCCUCGAUCCCACAUGGUCUCACGAAACUGGAGCAUACACAAUACUCGGCGACGCUGCGCAUGCCACUCUCCCGUAUCUUGCGUCAGGUGCUGGUAUGUCGUUGGAAGACGGACACGUCCUCGGUCUAUGUCUAGGCAAGAUAAGGAGCAAAUCUACGGCCGAAAAGAAGCGAGCAUUAGCUGUCUAUGAGCGCUGUCGUCGUGAGCGCACAGAGCGCGUCGUUUCACGUGGUAAUCGUCAACAGUACCUCUACCACGUCCACGACGGUCCCGUGCAGCAAGAUCGUGAUCGCAUGCUUCGCGCUUUUGGUGAAUAUAAUGGCAAGGGGAGGGUGACCCAAGAGCAGUACGAGGAGAAGGGACUGAACGUGGGCGACGAUCCUUUAGCAUGGAGAUGGGGUGGUGUCGGAAGCUGGCUCAUUACAUAUGUCUGUGAAGAGGAUGUUGAGGUUCGGUGGAGGGAGUAUGAAAACGAGAGGAGAACCGAAGCUCGGGGAAGCGGUGAGUUAAGGGCUGUAUUGUAG